UCUCUUUCCCUUAGGUUCAUUCUAGACUACGCCAGCUGGCUGCCGCUUAGGGCUGGCGUGUGGCUGGUGCCGUCGGAGCCAUGAGCAUCUUCAGGGGCGCCGUCCUCUUCUGGGCAGUGGUAGCAUGGGCUCAAAUGGACAAGCCUCCGGGAGAGACAGAUAUGUCUGGGUCCCAAAAAUGUAAGAAUGCCUUAAAACUACCUGUUUUGGAAGUCUUACCCGGUGGGGGCUGGGAUAAUCUGCGGAAUGUGGACAUGGGACGGGUGAUGGACCUGACUUACGCCAACUGCAGGACCACAGAGGAUGGACAGUACAUCAUCCCCGAGGAAAUCUUCACCAUCGCCCGGAAACAGAGCAACCUGGAGAUGAACUCAGAAAUCCUGGAAUCCUGGAUGAACUACCAGAGCAGUACCUCCUCCUCCAUUAACCUGGAGCUCUCCCUUUUCUCCAAAGUUAACGGCAAGUUCUCCCCUGAGUUCCAGAAGGUGAAGACGCUUCAAGUGAAGGACCAAGCUGUAACUACCAGGGUUCAGGUAAGAAACCUGGUCUACACGGUCAAAAUCAACCCAGUUUCAGAACUAAGCUGGGGGUUUAAGAAGGAGCUCAUGGACAUCUCUGACCGUCUGGAGAACAACCAGACGCGGAUGGCCACCUACUUGGCAGAACUCCUGGUCCUCAACUAUGGCACUCACGUCAUCACCAGCAUGGACGCUGGAGCCGCUCUCAUUCAGGAGGACCACAUCAGAGCCUCCUUCCUGCAGGACUGCCAGGGCAGCCACAGUGCUGUGACUGCCUCUGCAGGAGUCACCUUCCUCAACAUCGUGAACUUCAAGUUUGAGGAGAACUACACCUCACAGAAUGCCCUCACCAAGAGCUACAUCUCCAACCGAACCAACUCCAGGGUGCAAAGUGUUGGAGGGACUCUUUUUUACCCAGGUAUCACCCUCCAGGCCUGGCAGCAGAGCAUCACCAACCACCUGGUGGCCAUAGACCGUGCUGGCCUGCCUCUGCAUUUCUUCAUCAACCCCAACACGCUGCCUGAGUUGCCGGGGCCCUUGGUGAAGAAGUUGUCAAGGACGGUGGAAACAGCUGUGAGGCGCUACUACACAUUCAACACCUAUCCUGGAUGCACGGAUCACAACUCACCCAACUUCAAUUUUCAGGCCAACACGGAUGACGGCUCUUGCGAGGGGAAAAUGACCAAUUUCUCCUUCGGUGGAGUUUAUCAGGAAUGCACCCAGCUCUCAGGGAAUGCGGCUGUCCAACUCUGCCAAAAGUUGGAGCAGAAGAAUCCACUCACUGGUGAUUUCUCCUGCCCCUCUGGCUACUCCCCAAUCCGCCUGCUGGCCCAGAUCCACGAGGAGGGUUAUAACCAGCUGGAGUGCCAGCGGAAGUGCUCCCUCCUCAUCUUCUGCAAGACGGUGUGUGAAGAUGUGUUCCGGGUGGCAAAGGCCGAAUUUAGGGCUUUUUGGUGCGUGGCUAGUGGCCAAGUACCAGAAAACUCAGGACUGCUUUUUGGGGGACUUUUCAGCGGUAAGAGCAUAAAUCCUUUAACAAAUGCACAGGCCUGCCCUGCCGGCUACUUCCCCUUGAGGCUUUUUGAAAACCUCAAGGUCUGUGCCUCUCAGGACUAUGAGCUGGGAUACAGGUUUUCAGUCCCCUUUGGUGGGUUCUUUAGCUGUGCAGUUGGGAACCCCUUGGUGGGUCCUGCCAUUGCCAGAGACUUAGGGGCGCCUGCUCUAAAGAAGUGUCCUGGGGGCUUCAGCCAACACCUAGCCCUCAUCAGCGAUGGGUGCCAGGUGUCCUACUGCGUCAAGUCUGGGCUUUUUACAGGAGGGUCUCUGCCUCCUGCCAGGCUCCCACCUUACACCCGGCCACCCCUCAUGAGUCAGGCUGCCACCAACACUGUCAUGGUGACUAAUACUGAGACUGCAAGAUCCUGGAUUAAAGAUGCCCAGACCCACCAGUGGAGGCUGGGGGAGCCAUUAGAGCUGCGCAGGGCCAUGAAGGUCAUCCAUGGGGAUGACAGUGGCCUGUCAGGGGGAGCAGCAGCUGGGGUCACGGUGGGGGUCACCGCUGUCCUGGCAGCUGUCAUCGCCCUGGCCAUCUAUGGCACCAGGAAGUACAGGAACAGGGGGUACCAGGCCUUAGAGGACGAGAGUCAGAGUUUGGCUUCGGGCACCGCAGCAAGAGGAGACACUCCAGACCAAAAGCAGGAGCAGAGUCCAGCCUAAAUCUCUCCCAGGAAACUUUCUCUCAUUUCUCCAGAGCUUGAAGCACGCCAUCCAUUCCUUCUCCCUCCACUUCUGCUUUCCUGAGUAUCAAAAUGGCAAGUGCAGCAAAACGCAGGUAUUAACUUUGUGACUUCAUUAGGUCUCUGGGCCAGGAAAUUAGUAGAGCUACAUGGACAAGGUCCGGGUAGGGGCUGGGGAGCAGGUGUGACUUUUUAAGCAAAAGUCAUCCAGAGCACUAAAACACAAAGGGGGUGUCUUUUCUCUGUGGGUGUCGUUAAUUACCUUGAUCUGAAUGCAUAUAUGUAAAAAGAGAGGAGGGAGAAGGUUGACAUUUGGACAUGGAGACCGUGCAUGCAAUCUGUUGGCAGAGGUUUCCAAUUCACAAGUUGUAAGAAUCUCUCCUGUUAAGCAUUACCCUCCCACUGUUUUGUUUUUUAAAAAGCUAUCUGGGUUCCAUAUUCCUGGAGGCUGACAGAGCCCCUGGAAGACACAGCUUUUCAGCUCUGAGGGUUCUGUCCUGAUGGACUGUGCUUGCCUCUGGGUCAUCUCAACGUCAUCGAACAGAAAGAUGUUGCCUAUCCUAAGCUCACUUUUUCCAACUACCUCAUAAUUAAGACUUACUUGGACCAGGCCACUUUUGGACUUCAGACUAGUGUCAUAAAGUCCUCAGAAAAUAUUUUAACGUAUAAACUUCUAUUAGAAGGUCAAGGGAGAAAGUAUUGUUUGGAGACAAGAAGCGAGUAAUAAGGCUGAAACUGGAAAAGAUUCCAGUGCUCAGGGGAAAUUGGAAUUCUUAUCCACAACUGACUGCCUGGUCUCUUCCUCUUAUUUAGCUCAUUCUAAAUUGGGCACAGAAAGGAGCUGUAGAUUUGGUUGGAUCAAGCAUUACAGUUUCCUGGUCUGUGUGACCAAAGUAUAAUCCCUUUCCCUUCUGUGAGCAGCCCUUAAUCUUCCUGCCUUCACAUGCACACACACACACACAACCAAACACACCCCACAUUCUAACAAGAAGUCCUUAUUUUUCUGGGGGUAGAUGAGGAACAAUGUAAGAAGUCAAAGUAAACCCACAUCUAAGUGCUUCCCUGAAACCAGAAAGAGUAGAAAGUAUCAGUUAUGUAGCUUACCUUUGUUUUGUUUUCUAGCAGAAAGGGGGCUGACAUGAUCAAAUCCAUGUUUUAAAAUAAAUUGAAAAAGACAUCUCACACCAUUUGUGACACAGUUCCAGGCUAAUUUCCCUGGCGCAUCUAGCAGGACGCAUGAUGGUUACCUGGCAUUUGGGGCUUGGCCCAGUUUUAAUACCAAUCUCACCUAAUUGUACUUAUUAGGGUGGAUUAGUCAUGUUCCUCCAAGACAUUUUUUUUAAGUCAUAUAUUUCCUCACCAAAUCAAAUGUCAUUAGUGGAUUAUACUUUAUGAGGAAUAAUUUGUCCUUUCCUAGUUAACGUUCACACUCAAGAGAUUGGCUUACAAUAGGUCCUUCUUCUAAGGAGAUAGAAGCAUCCCAGCCUGAGGGAAGAUGGGAAGAGAUCCCAAACAGAAGAGAAGUGAUCACAGAGUUUGAGCCUCACUCUCCUGGCUGCCCAGCCAGGGACACUGAUUUCUAGAAACUCUUCCCUUAACCCUGCCUCUGAAGCAUUAAAAUGUUCUCCUUAACCUCUGGGUGACUGGUGAGUAAGUUUCAGACAAGCUAAUCACUUUUCUGCAAGAACUGAUUUUCCCAUGAAUUCUUUGAAGAUUACCGAGUUGGGAGAGAAAGUAUAGCUAAUGGCUCUCCAACUUUUAACACACUAACUGCCCAUUAAAAUAAAAAACUCUUACCUUUUUACUAACAAAAUUGCACAUAAAUAUGCAUUAAAAUGUGUACUUAAGGAACA